AAAUCCUGUGAUCUUCUGUUAGUGGAGUUCAUCUUCAGCAUGUCAUUUCCUAAAGCGCCUCUGAAACGAUUCAAUGACCCUUCUGGUUGUGCGCCAUCACCAGGUGCUUAUGAUAUUACAACUUCAGAAGCAUCGAAAGGACCUGUUUCUUUUCAGAAAUCACAACGAUUUCACAAACAAAAAGAAACACAACAAAAUCUUCAUUUUGAAAAAGAUGCUACCUUGCUAGCUUCAACGAAAAAAGUGAAGACUUUGGGAUUAAAGAAAGAAUCUCAAAAGAAUGGUAAAGAUUUGAAGGUAUUGGAAAAGGAGAUUCGUGUUCUUGUGCAAGAACGGGGUGCACAGGACAAGCGGAUCCAGGAUCUGGAAGCUGAGUUUGAGAAGAUGGAAGCAAAACUAAAUGCUGCAGUAAGGGAGAAAACUUCUCUUUCUGCAAAUAAUGCUUCCCUGGAAAAACAGCUUAUUGAAUUAACCAGGACUAAUGAACUUCUAAAAUCUAAGGUACUUGAACUUCAUAAUUACAUUUACACUCAUAUAAAUAAUAAUGUUUCUAUAGAGAGAGACAAGAUUGAUGAAAAAUCUGAAACAGUGAAACUCUUAGAAUACAUUGAAGAAAUCAGUUGUGCAUCAGAACAAGUGGAGAAGUACAAGGUAGAUAUUGCCCAGUUAGAACAAGAUUUAAAAGAGAAGAAUCAUGAAAUUCUAAGCCUUAAGCAGUCUCUUGAAGAAAAUGCUGACAGGAUGACUAAACAAGUAGAAGAUCUGAAUGCCAGAUGUCAGCUCCUGGACAAAGAAAAAGAAGAUCUUGUCAUCAGGGAUUGUGAACAAAUUGAAAUUCUAAAUGCUGAGAUACAAAACCUAAAAGAGAAGCUUAUCAUUGAAAAACAAGAACAUGAAAAGCUACAACAAAACAAAUUGCAAACUGAUUCACUUCUGCAACAAGAGAAGGAAUUAUCUUCAAGUCUUCAACAGAAACUAUGUUCUUUUCAAGAGGAAAUGAUUAAAGAAAGACAUUUCUUUGAGGAAGAGUUAAAGCAAGCACUGGGGGAGUUAGAUAAAUUGCAGCAAAAGGAGGAACAUGCGGAAAGACUAGUAAAGCAACUGGAAGAGGACACAAAGUCGAAGGCCGAAGAACUAAAAUGCCUACAAGAGAAGAUGCAAGGCUAUAAAGCAUUAACUAGUGAGAUAGAGGACCUUAAGCUGAAGAACUCAUCACUACAGGAAAAAGUAGCCAAGGCUGAAAAAUGUACAGAGGAAGCUCAACAUCAGAUCUUGGCAACUGAGAACAGAAAUCAAGAAUAUGCAAGGAUGCUUCUAGAUCUGCAGACCAAAUCAGCACGCAAAGAAGCAGAAAUCAAAGAAAUGACUGUUACGUCUCUUAAAAAAAUAACUGAUUUGCAGAACCAACUCAAGAAACAAGAUGAAGAUUUUAAAAAACAAAUGGAAGAAGCAAGAAAAGCUGAAAAUGAAAAUACAAUGGUAGAGCUAACUGAGGAAAUUAAUAAAUGGCGUCUCCUUUAUGAAGAAUUAUAUAAUAAGACAAAACCUUUUCAGCUGCAACUGGAUGCCUUUGAAGCAGAGAGACAGGCUUUGUUGAAUGAGCAUGGUGCAGCUCAGGACCAGCUGAAUAAACUAAGUGAUUCCUAUGCUAAAUUACUGGGUCAUCAGAAUCUAAAGCAAAAAAUCAAGCAUGUUGUGAAAUUAAAAGAUGAAAAUAGCCAGCUAAAAUCGGAAGUGUCUAAGCUUCGCUCCCAGCUUGCUAAGAAAAAACAAAGUGAGACAAGACUGCAGGAGGAAUUGAAUAAAGUUCUGGGUAUCAAGCACUUUGAUCCUUCAAAGGCUUUUCAUCACGAAAGUAAAGAAAAUGUAGCCCUUAAAACCCCAUUAAAGGAAGGUAAUACGAACUGCUACUGAAGUCCAAGAAUCAUGCAUGUAAACAAGUGAAAAUCCUGUUGAAGAUUAUUUUAUUCUAUUUUUAUUGUUAUUAUGAUGUUUACUAUAUGUUUUUUUAUACUGUUGUAUAUAAUUUUAACUGCCCAUCGUUUAGUAUGGGAAAAGAGAUUCAACAUUUUUUAUCAAUAUUCCUUCUGACAUUUUAUUUUCUAUUGUGACUGCCUCCUUGAUGCUCAUAUUUAUUAAUUCAUCUUAAACUUUCUAACUGAACUUCUAGCUUAUAAUUCACCCCAUCAAAUCAACUUCAUUUAAAAUACACUAUCAUUAUCUUCCUUAUACCUCAAAUGGUUUCAAGAUUCUAAUCUCCUAGGUUUUUUAGAUUGAUUCUGGAAGCUUCCUUUGAACCUACCUUUUUAGUUCAGCUAAAGAACCUUGCCUUAAUCUUAGAUCUACUUUGACUCCUAAUAAUUAUCAUUCUGUCCUAAAAGUCAUCUACUUGCUCAGUCAAGUAAGAAAUAAGGACAAGUUUAACUCUACAUUCAUCUCUUUUUCUUAUAAAAAUCAUGGAGAUUGUUUAAUAAUAUAUUGAAGUUCACUAGGCCCCACCACAAAUUAACUAAAUUAAAUUCUCGAAUUUGGCCUAUAAAAGUUUAACUUAACAAACUGCAGUUAAUUCUUGGAUAACGCUAGUAGCCGAGAAAUUCUGAUUGUAACUUCUUUGGAGAGAUUUUUUCCUGUUACUUUUUCAUCUGCUUACUGGGUGUUUGGUUAGUAUUUGUAUAGUAUGAAAUAAAGCACACAGUAAG